AGCUCCGUCUGCCCCGAAGCUGUCUGCGAGCCACCUCUGCGAUUCGUCUAUCCACCACAUUUCUCCCUUCUCUUUCUUUCGAACACGCCUGUGUUUUUUUGUUUUGCAAAUUUCAUCGUAUCAAGGAAGCACCUCACAAGCCUCCGCCGUGCAGAGGCAGCGACGCCCAUCCGGAAGAAAAGGGGCGCGCCGACGACACAGGGGAGAGCAAGCGAAGUCUGUGCAGCAGAAAUCGAACGCUCUCACGCACGCCAUGACGCGCAUCCCCACAGUCUCCUUCGAGGAGUACGAGGAACCGAUGGCGGUGGCGGCUGACAACGCAGUCCGACAGUCCACAAAAGGCGCCACCCCCCCUGCCACUCCUGCCGCGGACGAUAAGAUGAAGGGAGCCGCCACACCUCUGCGGCAGAGUCCCACGCCCGGAGGGAGCACGCAGGGGAAUGAAAGCGACAGCAGCAUGAAGCUUGGCAAGAUGCAGCGUGCGGAGGACUACCCGCAGAUCGCAUUUCGGCCACUCCGCGAGCUGCGUCACAACGGCACAGAAGGUGAAGCGCACGUGCGUCCGAGACGGUCAACAAGUCGCGCGCGUGAGCUGGUAUUCGGGCUCGGUAGCCACGGGCUGUGUGACCAAUCUGCUGUGCGUCACAACGCGCAGGAGGACAGAAUGGAGCACGCCAAAAACGCAGCUGGCUAUCCGGCCCAGCCACCUUGCGAGGGGAUGGCAACGACUUUCUUUUUGAGAAGACCGAAAAGUGCUUCGAGAGAGGGGAAGAAGGAUUCGGCGCGCACGCCACCGCUACCACCAAUUGAACUGCCCUCCACCGCGGUAGGACAAGGAACGGGAACAACGACAACGGCGGCGAAUGCCUCGCUGCGAGCGCCGGGGCCGGCGCGGAAGGCGGCACGGACGCUGCGGUGCGGAGGCAUCAUCGACACGUUCAGCUACUUCUCCGUGCACCGCGUUUAUCCCGAGUUGUACGCACGUUAG